UUCCAAUAGGGACGCUUGAACUUUGACAGCUGAUUGCGGCCAUGUUGUUUGAGUGACAGCUGUCAAAUGCAGUGUGUUAUAUUCAUUCCGUCCUCCCAAACCACCAUGGCAGGUUACAGUGUCGAGCAGCACGUGCAAAUCAUAAAAUUGUUUUAUGAAAAUGGGUCUUCAGUUCGAGCAACGUUCCGCGCACUUCGCCCGUUUUACGGUCGCGAUGAUCGUCCUGCCGAGUCGACUAUCCGUCGAUUGGUGGACAAAUUCGAGUCAACCGGGUCAGUUAACAAUCAGCCGGUUCCCGUGCGUCAACGUAACGCGAGAUCUGCCGAGAAUAUCGCCGCUGUGCGCGACAGUGUCCUCGAAAACCCGCGGCAGUCAAUUCCGCGUCGCGCACAGGAACUCGGCCUUUCGCAGACGACAACUUGGCGAAUUUUGCGUUGUGACUUGAGCCUGCACCCGUACAAGAUCCAGCUGACCCAAGAGCUCAAGGUUAAUGACCAUAGACAGCGCCGUGUGUUCGCUGACUGGGCAUUAGAGCAGUUGGAAGUUGACGCCGAUUUUGGCAAAAAAAUCAUCUUCAGCGACGAGGCGCAUUUUUGGAUGAAUGGCUAUGUCAACAAGCAAAAUUGCCGUAUUUGGGACGAGACCAAUCCACACGAGGUUCACCAAGUGGCAAUGCACCCGCAGAAAGUGACUGUUUGGUGCGGAUUUUGGGCCGGAGGCGUGAUUGGUCCGUAUUUUUUCGAAAACGAUAAUGGUGUGGCCGUCACCGUCAAUGGACGGCGCUACGUGCCACACAGCACACGCUACGAUGGAAGUUCUGCACGAGCAAUUUCUGGACAUGGUCAUCUCGCGCGGAGGCGACGUGAACUGGCCACCGAGAUCGUGCGAUUUGACCCCGCUGGACUUUUUCUUGUGGGGUUUUCUUAAGUCGCAGGUCUAUGCCAACAAGCCGCAAACCACCGAUGCCCUCAAAGUCAACAUACGCCACGCCAUCGAUCAAAUACAGCCCGAUUUGUGCGCCAGAGUCAUCGAAAAUUGGACCUUUCGUGUGCGCGCCACCAACCGAAGCCGUGGCGGUCAUUUGAAUGAUGUCAUAUUCCAUACAUAAUGGGGUCGAUAGACCUUCCAAAUAAAAAAAAAAAUUCGCAAAUAUCUUUCCUA